AUGUUGCAAAGUGCUUCCACUAUGAUCCCCGCAUGGCUGAGACAGCCAUGGCCUCAUGUUAAAAUUGAUCUUCACAUUGUCUUUGCCCUGACUGGUGGCUCAGCUCUAGCUUUCUUGGCACUCAAAUGGAUGGGCCAGAAAAGGAUAAAAAGAGAAAUACAAGAGGCAAGAAGGUUGAGAGACCAUGGCUUUGAUCAAAUGGAAAAAGCUGUUCAGGAGUUUAAACACCAGAAUCCUGGAAUCCAAGCUGCUCUCAUCCUUUCUCUGCCUCUGGUGGAGCUGGUGGAGAAGCUGAAGGAAGGGUCCUUGUCUCCCGAAAGGGUCCUUUACACUUAUAUGGAAAAGGCUUUAACAGUUACCCAAGAGGUGAACUGUGUGCGCCAUUUUAUUCCAGAAUGUGAGCAGCAUCUUCAAGAGCUGAAAAAGCAGACGGAAAAGGGCUUGCUGUAUGGUGUGCCUGUCAGUAUCAAGGACCACAUUGAGUACAAGGGACACUUAUCAACAUGUGGCUUUGUCCAGUCACUCAGUGCUCUGGCAGAAGAUGACAGUGUGCUGGUCAAGGUGUUAAAAAGGCAGGGAGCAAAUCCAUUUGUAAUCACCAAUGUCCCACAAUCCUUAUUGAACUAUGACUGCAGCAACUCUAUUUUUGGCCAGACAGUGAAUCCUAUGGAUCAUAAGAGAGGCCCUGGUGGAUCAUCUGGAGGGGAAGGUGCUCUAAUUUCUGCAGGAGGGUCCAUCCUGGGAUUUGGAUCAGAUUUGGGUGGAAGUAUCCGUCUACCCGCCAGCUUCUGUGGUCUCUGUGGGCUGAAGCCAACAGCAGGUAGGCUAAGCAAUUCAGGAGUAAGUGGUCCUGUUGAUGGAAUGCUCUCAGUUAUAGGAACAGUGGGCCCAAUGGCAAGGGAUGUGGACAGUCUAGUUCUGUGCAUGAAGGCUCUUUUAUGUGAAGACAUGUUCCAGCUGGACCCCAUUGUGCCGCCUAUGUUUUUCAAUGAGAAGGUAUACUCUAGCUCCACACCACUCCGGAUUGGGUAUUAUGACACUGAUGGCUAUUUUCUGCUCCCUCCCUGUAUGAGGCGGGCUGUGCAUGAAACUAGGAAGCUUCUCCAAGAAGCUGGCCAUACGCUAGUUCCCUUCACCCCACCUUCCGUGGACUAUGCCGCAGAUGAACUUUAUUUCAAAGGUCUUUUUGCUGAUGGGGGCUCAACUCUGUUGGCCAUGUUUGAUAGAGACAUAGUAGAUCCAUGCUUGAAACCCCAGGUGACUCAACUUAGAAUCCCAAAUCUGGUGAAGAAAAUUUUGGCCAAGAUUGUCAAACCCUGGUUUCCACGACUGGCCAGCCAUCUGAACGCACUGUGUGGAGUGAGGUCUGUGAAAUACCUUUGGGAGCUGCAUGACAAAGUGAUGGCUUAUCGUGAAAUGUUUGUUGACCAAUGGAGGAAAUGCAAGCUUGAUGUUGUCCUAUGUCCAGUUCUGGGCCCUGCCUUCACUCUUAGAUAUCCCUCAAAAAUAAUCGUUGCUAUCUCAUCUACCAUGCUGUACAACCUUCUGAACUUUCCUGCUGGAGUUGUGCCAGUCACCACAGUUACAGAGGCUGAUGAAGAGGACCUGAGGCAGUACCGAGGGCACUAUGGUGACCCUUGGGAUAAGAAACUGAAAGAGGCGGUGGAAGGUGCUGUGGGGCUCCCUGUGGCUGUUCAAUGUGUGGCUUUACCAUGGCAGGAGGAAUUAUGCCUUCGAUUCAUGAAAGAGGUAGAGAUGCUGUGCCGUGAUAGCAGACAGAAGACAGCCAAGUGA